AUUUUGUCAUCAAUUUAAAUUUUCAGUACUUACCUCAAAAAGAGCUGAAGUGCAAACUCGAUUUAAAAUGAAACUUUUUUUUUAAACUGUUUUAUUUAAAAAAACGAAACAUUUAACAGAAUUCUAAGGCUGUGUGUGAAUUGCGUUAAAUAGUUAACACUGUGUAAAAUUUUUGACACUAUUGAGGUGAACAAAAAAAUUUCAGCUGUAUGGCUUAUUGUUUAAUAUUUUUCUCUGCCUCUUUUCUGCUAUGAAACUCCUUUUUAAUAAAAAAAAAAAACAAAACAAAACCAUCUGCAAAAAAAAUUUAACUCAAAUUUAACCAGGUCCCAGAGCCCAAUAAAUUUUUAACAGUUGAAAAUUUUUUAUUCACCUCAACAGUGUCAAAUAUUUUACACUAUGUGAACUAUUUUACGCAAUUCACACACGGCCUAAAAAACAAAAAAAAUAACAUCGUGUUACAUUUCUUAUACAUAAUUAAUGAAGUAAAUACUAAAAAAAUUUAAUCAACAGAUUUACAAAGUAGUUUUGGAAGCAUCAGGAUACAAUUUUCGGCACUCACUGACUACUUGAAGUACAUAUUGUUUUUGUUCCUCAUCUUUAGUUAAAAGGUUAUUAAAAUCCGUUAUUAAUUUGACUCCUCUUUCUGCCAUGUCAUUUACGACUUUAAGUGAUUGCACUUUUUUAAAGCCUUCUUUAAAAUGCGGGUUUUCGGGCCAAAGAUUUGGAGGUUCUUUGAGAAAACUUGUGUCUAUUUUCAAUCGGCUGAAAAAGUUCAAUGUUUCUUUGUUCACAAUAUUUUUUAACCCUGCUGUGACAAAUUGUUCAUCUUCAUGUGUCUGUAGCUUUGGAUUUACUAUUCUGUUGGUUUCCGUUUCACUGGUUUUCAAAAUUAUGUUGGCCGUUUCUAAUUUUGUUCGCCAUCUGGUAAAGUUAGGUCAAAGAACGCCAGACCUGCCUGCUCUGAACUCAAAUAACCAUAAAUGGUUUGAGAAUUUAGCAAGAGCCUUCUCUGAAAUAUCUUUGUCUAUCUUGCGGUAUUCAAUGCAAUUACGCAAAAGAUCAAGAUCUUGUUUAGGAGCCAGAUAAGCUCUUGGGGCAUUAAACCAAGCAAAAGUUUUUUCUUGUUGAAUGUAAGUUUGAUUUUGAAACUACAAAGUCAAUUGGAUUUUGCCCUAGUGCUUCUAUUGUAGCUAUAAUUAUGCGAGAAGCAUUUCUAUCAGAUGCCUUACAUCGAUCCAAUAACAAAGAAAGUUUCAUUGUUAAUAGCUCUUUCACCCCACGACUAUACCUCAUACCACCACCACCAUUUAGAGUUAUCCAAUAGAGCUGAAAUUUUGGCUAUCUAAAAAUCUGCAAAGGCGGAACAUUUAAUGGGGUUCCCCCGAAAAAAAUUCGACAAAAAAUUUUUUCUAUGGGAGUUGCGGUCACUCUAGUACUACACUUUUACUCGGCAGUGGAUGUCCGUGUGGUCCAACGAUCGCCAGCUUCCGCCAGUUCUUCGCGUAUCCCCUGAUGACCUCAACUUUUGGAGCUGUUCUGUACGCAAUUAGAUCGUCGGCAUACGCAAUUGCCUGAAUUACACUUCCUAUCAGAUUGCUGGUGUAAAUACUAAAGAGAAUCGUUAUAGAAACGAUGCGGCUUUCUAUUAUUUGAUUAAAAACAGGAGAUGAACAUACAUGUGUGCGGAGCACACUGAUGAUCGACUUAUUAUAAAUCUUCAAACAGUAAAAAUAAUCAUCGAAAUAAAAUCCAAACCUUCUUCAAGGACCAGUAAAAAAAAGUGACUAUUAUGGACUGGGUCGAAGGCGAUCUAGUAUGGUUUGAUCCAGGUCUUGGCCAUCCGAUUCCUGGCGAAAUCCAAGAAGUACAUCGUGCAGCACAAGUAAUUGUCGUCCAAGCAUUAAUUAAGGGGAAACCACAGACAUUUGCACUACAGCCAGGCGAGGGAAAUCUGCGCCCCCGACAAGAUCUUGGCAGCAGUGGAGUGGAUGACAUGACUCAAUUGGAAGAUCUACAUGAAGCAUCACUAUUAUGGAAUUUACGUCUACGUUAUGACAACGGUCUUAUUUACACAUUUGCUGGUAGUAUUCUGAUAGCAGUAAAUCCCUACAAAAUGUUUCCAGAUUCAUAUGGAUUAGAAGUCGCAAAGCAGUACGCCGGAAGGCCACUUGGAACGUUGGCUCCACAUUUAUUUGCAAUUGGUGCAGCUGCUCAUGCUGCUUUACCCUCUCCUCAAGUUGUGGUCAUUUCUGGAGAAUCUGGUUCGGGAAAAACAGAAUCUACAAAGUUGGUGAUGCAAUAUUUGGCAGCAGUUGUCCCCGGAGGUGGAUCUGCAUCAGCCGUUAUUACAGAGCAGAUACUUGAAGCAGCUCCAUUAUUGGAAGCAUUCGGAAAUGCAAGAACUGCUAGAAACGAUAAUAGUUCUCGCUUCGGAAAAUAUUUAGAAGUAUAUUUUAAGUCAGGUGCCAUUGUUGGUGCCAAAAUAACACAGUAUCUGCUUGAAAAAUCAAGGAUCGUAACACAAGCCCCGGGUGAAAGAAACUAUCAUGUCUUUUAUGAAAUGUUAGGCGGUCUUUCGGAGACAGAAAGAACCAAAUAUGGGUUACUGGAAGCAGACAAAUAUUUCUACCUUAAUCAGGGAGGUUCCGAUUGUGCUUCGGGUAGAGUUGAUUGGAGUUCACUUCAGAGUGCUAUGCAAGUCCUUGGCGUGUCGGAAAUUGAACGAGAAGGAAUUAUAAGAGUUUUAGCUUCGGUGCUUCAUCUUGGAAAUGUUUACUUUCAUAGACGUCAGCUAAGGCAUGGUCAGGAAGGUGUUGAAGUUGGAUCAGAUGCUGAAAUUAAAUGGGCUGCCCAUUUGUUGCACAUAUCUGCUGAGGGACUUCAUCGUUCAUUGACGAGCCGUACAACUGAAGCAAGAUCAGAACGCUUGCACACACCCUUGGGAAUCGAUCAAGCUUUAGAUUCCCGAGAUGCUUUCGCUAAGGCGCUGUACGCUGGUCUAUUCAACUGGUUGGUUUCCCGAAUCAACUCUAUCGUGCAAAAAGGUGGAACUCAUGACGCCCAUCGAAUUUCAAUACUUGACAUAUUUGGUUUUGAAGAUUUGGCUGAAAACUCAUUCGAGCAGUUAUGCAUCAAUUACGCUAAUGAGAAUCUUCAACUUUACUUUAAUAAGCAUGUAUUCAAGCUGGAGCAAGCUGAAUAUGCUAGAGAACGGCUGGAAUGGACGCCUUUGAAUUGGGAUGAUAAUUUGCCUGUAAUUCAUUUAUUAGCCAAGAAACCAGUUGGGGUUUUUCAUCUUUUAGAUGAUGAGUCAAACUUCCCAAGAGCUUCGGAUAUGAGUUUUUUAGAAAAGUGUCACUACAAUCAUGCUCUCAACGAACUUUACUCUAGACCACGAAUUGGAGCUCAAGAAUUCGGUAUAACCCACUAUGCAGGUCAAGUUUGGUACUGCGUCGAUGGGUUUUUGGACAAAAAUCGAGAUGCUCUACGCGGUGAUGUGCUGGAACUACUUGCGUCCAGUAAACUUCAACUUGUUGUCGAUCUUACUAAGCAGUUACGAGCACAACGAGAUUCUGGAAAAACUCUACCAAAAGGCUCGAACGGACGCUUUGUUACUAUGAAACCCCGCACACCGACCGUUGCAGCAAGAUUUUCGGACUCUUUGCAACAGCUUUUGCAAUCUAUGGGCCGUUGUAAUCCUUGGUUUGUUCGAUGCGUCAAACCAAAUAACGAAAAACAUGCUCUUAAAAUGGAUAUGCCAUGUGUUCUUCAGCAGCUUCGUUAUUUAGGGAUGUUAGAUACUAUACAAAUUCGUCAAAGAGGUUAUCCCGUUCGUUUAAGGUUCCAACAUUUUGUGGAACGCUACCGUUAUCUUAUGAAAGCACCCCUCCCGCGAGGGACACCAUAUCGUGAACUUUGUAGGACAGUCUUGGAAUCAAUUCCACGCACCGGGAUUGAGGGUCCAGAUUUCCAACUGGGAGCUACAAGAGUUUUUCUACGUGAAGCGUUGCACCGAAUGCUAGAAAGUGGUAGAUCAGAUUGCUUGAAGAAUGCUGCGGUAGUGAUUCAAAAGAGUGUUCGUGGAAUGCUUGUUCGCCGUAAACUUGCACGAGAAAACAAAGCCGCAAUGAGGGUUCAAUCAACAUGGCGUGAAUAUCGAGAAAGAAAAUAUUUCAAAAAGCUUCGAUAUGGUGCCAUAAGAGCUCAAGCAUGUUGGCGAGGAAAGAUGGCAAGAAAACAUUUUACCAAACUUAAGGCAGAUUAUAAACGCCGUAUGGAUAUGCAAAAGGUUCAAAAGGAACGUGAGGCGAAGAAGGUAGCCAAGGAAAAUAUUGAACGUAGCCAAGUGGCUUACUUGGAUAUUCCAGCAGAAUUAGCAUUUAUUUUUUCGAAAAUAGAAGGCUGGACACCACUGCAUGGCGACCGACAUUUGGUAAAAGUAGUAGGCACUGUCCCAGGUCCCCCUGUGACAGGUGAAUUGCCAAAAGAUUUGGAUCAAUUUUCUUUUGGAAAAUUCAGUUCUGUAUAUUGUAAUGGCUUAAGACUGUCUACCAGGCGUGAUCCUAUAACCGCUCCAUUUUUAACAAGAGCAGCUUCACGAGAUCAAGAUUUUCAAGAUGCUCUAGCUAUUUUCAAACUAAUCUUACGAUGGGCUAAUGACACUCCACUAGACAGCCACAAGGAAAAAGUUCUAUCCGACUAUAUUGUCCACAAAGGGCUUUCUUCACGAGGCCUUCGGGAUGAAAUUCUCGUACAAAUCUGCAACCAAGUUUAUCAAUUGGAAGAAAAUCAAUCUUCACGAAUAUGGCAACUUAUGGCUCAUUGCUUGUCUUGCUUCCAACCAAGUCCUGCAUUCAGCAAGUAUUUAAUGAACUUUAUCGCUGAAAAUGCACCAAACAGCAUGAAGGAACUCUUGUUAAAAAAAAUUCUGCGUAACUCCGGGUUUUCACAAGCUAACGCAUGUCGUAGUUUUACACCUUCGUGGAUUGAAUGGCGAGCAAUUUCUCGAACAUCAGACAUUGCUGUGGCAUUGAUAUUACCAGACGAUGUAACUCAAACAGUAGCUAUUGACUCUUGGACAACGUGUGAAGAAGCCGCUUCGCUGGCAGUUUCCACGCUUGGCAUUUCUAAUCAUGGAUGGACUGUUGUGCUUGAUGAUGGAAAAUUACUCAUAGACUCGUGCGGUCUAGAUUAUGUUCUAGAUUUAGUUGCGGAAAAAGAACUAUGCCCUGCAUUUCCAGCUGCUCGAAAUGACUUAUUUAAGACAGAUUCAAAGUUUUCACGAACACUGAUUCCAGAAAUUGAGGCAAGUAGCCCAAAACGUCCUCAAGUGCCUCCUCCGGAACCACCGCAGACCAAAUCUUCUCCAAAACCAAUGGAAGCUCCAAUUCCAGAACCAGCUGUUGAAAAAAAAAUUGAAUAUAACGCAGUUCGAAAAAAUUCACGGGAUCUUUUAUCUAGAAGUUCAGCCUUAAAUGAACGUUAUUUUGAAACAGAUAAACUGCGAUCGAAAUCCUUGGAUGAUUUACUUGCUGGCGACGAUGCUGACAUAAUAACCACCCCAGAGCCAGAGCCUCUUACAGAUUUAGGGCUAUCAGAAAGUCGACUGAACGACAGAUAUCAUUCAGCAGAGCGUUUGACUCCAAUGGGUAAGGAAACAGGUCCACGAUAUCAAAAAUCGCAGCACGCAUCCCGCAGGUCUCAUGCAGGAUCUCAUUCAAGUAAAUACAUGGACAAAUCAGAGUACGCCACAAGAUCUUCGGCUAUGUCGGAUACAAGUGAAGCACCCUCGUUGGCUAGUCACGUUCGAAGAGUACGGGUCCCAUCACAGGCUUCUGAUGUUGAUCAGUUUCUCGAUGAUCUUUUUAGUCCUGUAUUGGAUGGAUCAUUAGAUGAACUUUCUGAUGCUCGUUCCUUAGCUGCUAGUAUUCGAGGAGGAGGCAUUGACUUUUUGGAAGCACCUUACGUAGACGAUUCAAUUCAUGGUUUAGCCAAUGCAAAGUUACUUUCAGUUAAAAUCAAAGGCGGUGGAGAAAAGCUUGUUGAGAGUGGCAGCAAGGACGGUAAUCUCGACGAAUAUAUAUCAGGCUUAUUCAAGCCCAUUUUCAUAAGCGAUACCUUAAAUAAUUUACAAGAAAGAUCAGAACUAAUCGAAACUAUCAAAGGUGGAGGAACAGCUCAUCACCCUCCUGCAACAACAUCGGGUUUUGUGUCUAACCCAAGUAUGAGUCGAUCCGUUGGUGGGGCCAUAACGAGUAGUGUUAACCCUGAAAACCUAAUGCAAAUGAUAAGCACACCACAAGAUGCAGAUCCUUCUUUGUAUCAACAUCAGGUACAACGGGCGUUUCUUCAAUCAGCUAUGGCUCAAAAUUUACAGAUUCAACAACAACUUUUGGCUCAAAAUCAAGCUCUUCAAACAUUACUUAGUCAACAGGAUACAUCACCAGUUUCACCCGCAUCACCACCACCUAUGCAAUCAUCACUCACAACCCAUACCACGACAAGCAAAAUUAAUUUACAAAAUAUUGCCACAUCUUCAGUUCGCAGACAGAGUUUUAAGAAUCGUAUCUCCCAGUUCUCUGAUGUAGAUCGUAACCGAAAGACUUCUUCGGAAAGUGGGGGAUCACUGAUACCUCCACCUCCACCACCACCAAUGCCACCCCCAAUAGAGUCAAAGGAUCCUUCUGAAACUCGACAUUUUCUUGAUCCAUUUGGGCGAGCAAAAACGGUUCGUAUUGGAAAGUGGCGUUGGCCACCACCGCAAGAUGGACCCCAACCAGAUAGCGAGGAGGACUUCUUUGUAUUCAAAAUGCGUCAAAGUCAAAGAAAAACUACUCCACAGUCCCAAUUGCAUAGCUCAAAUGGUUCGCUCAAUGGAUCUACAAUCGAAUGGGAAGAGUUUGAAGUAGAUUCCUCGAAACCACCAUCACCUCCAACUGUACAUACAUCACAAUUUAUGAGAACUCACAUCAAAAUUGAAACUUCUGGUGGAAAGCUCAUGAAGGACACAGGAGAAAUUAAUCAGACAAGCUCUUCAACAAAAUUAUCUCGAAAAAGUUUUGAAAUUGGCGGUGAUCGCCCACCACCGGGUAGUGUUGGUAAGCUUAAAUUAAGUUCAGAAAUGCGGCAAAGGUUGGAACAAGUUACUGCGGGUCAUUCCGUACGAUCAUCAAUUAGUACAAAAUCAGAGCAGCGAGCACCAGCAAAAUUGGAAGACACAAGAAAACUUAUGCUGCAACAACAAUUGAGUGGGCAUUUUGGAAUGAUGGGAGCUGCAGCAGAUAUUUCAUCUGUGCGAUCACAAGUGGAACGAAUGGAAGGUAAGCUUUCGCCACCUCCGCAAUCGAGUUGGCCAGCAGUUGUACCUCCAGCUCCAUCUGUACCAGCACCACCACCACCAAUUCGUCCUCCAACAACAGCUCCUCCGGCUCCACCACCCGUUCCAAAAAGUCCACCUAUUCGUGAAGAUCAGAUGGAUGAACGUGAAUAUCGAUCGAAUAUGCAGCAGGACAUUCCCGCAUUUAUUCAGCGUCAAGAGCGUGACACAUUUGGCGCACGUCACAAUUGGAAUGGAUCUGAGGUUUCUAAAGACACUUAUGAUUCGUGGGGUCGCGCUGAGGCGGCUAAGCUAGACAUGGUCUACGAAACCAGUUUUAAAAAAGAAAUUCCAAAUGACAGAGAGAGGUCUAGAUCAAGAUCUCGCUCUCGAGAUCGUGAUGAUUUUUCAGAGUCAGUGUGGGACCGCACUGAGGUCGAAGGACCCCCAUCAACUGGAUCUGAACGUGAACGUGAAAAAGAACGAGAAAAACGGGAACGUGUGUAUGAAAUGAGGCAGGUAGAACGAGAAAAGGAAAGUAACAAGGUAUAUCAUCCUCCAUCUAAAAAUUUACUAACUCAGAUAGAUCGGGAAACUUCAAAUCGCAACCAAUCGCUUAGCCAGACCAACGCAACUAACUCUACUACAACUACCACUGCUACAUUUAAAACUCAUAUGGUUCAGAAACUAGAAAAGGAACGCAAGCGCAAGAUUUCAAGUUCAACUUUCGUUUCUCAAGGAACUCGCAGGGAUGAUGAAACCGAUUAUGGUGAGGAAUGGCCAGUGCCUUCAAUACCAGCACCUGUUCCAGCACCACCUUCGCUCAAGUCACCUGCCACUGCAUGCCUUACUUACAAUCGUGUUGCAUGGAAGUUACGUGUCCGAAAGGAGGUAUUUCAUCCCAGCGAACCAAUUGGUCCACCUGCUGCCCUAGACCUUUUAUUCGCUCAAAUCAUGGGGGAUGUGUUUGGACUAACGCCUUGUCUCCGAGUGACGCCUCAGGAAAAGUCUGCUGCAGUAAAUAUGCUCAAUGGACAUGGUAUAACGGUAGAAAAUUCACGCAACCACAAUAUUCGUGCAAUAGUUAAGAGGCACUUGCUUGACAUGGCACGCAGUUGGCCGCUUUACUUUUCGCGCUUGUUUGCUGUACAAGGUGCUCCCCAAUUUCCUGACGUUUCAAUCAUGGGAAUAUCGCAUAAUGGCGUUUAUUUGGCGAGACGAGAUGCAGAUUAUUUGAUUGUGGUACAAUCGCUUCCAUUUCACGAUUUGCAAAGUGCAGUUACUCUCCCACGCCCCGCCGCAUUACAGUUGAACAUGCGUAAUGGUGGACAUCUGACACUUCACGCAAUACGGGCUUCUGCAAUACAAGCAAUGAUACAGUCUUUUUCACUGGAAUUCAGACAGGCGCAAUCAAAGUCUUCGACAAUUUCAUCUGGAGCUAGAGCUGCUGCCCAAACACUCAAUGUUCCAAUAGAACGCUUAGAAUCACGUCAAUCCAAUCACCGAGAAUCUUCACAAGGUCGGGAUGUUGUCGAAGCUCAUCAUCGAAGUAGUAGACAGGAUGUUGUCGAUAAUCAAAUAAUAAAUCAUCAAUCUUAUCAAGCCCAGCAACAACAACUUCAAACGAUUCAUAAUGGACAGUUAAAUGAAGAAAGCGGAAAUACUGGUCAUACAUCGAAUUUGGGAUUGUUAAAUGAAACCCAUUUAGUUUUGGAAAACCACGUAGAACAAGCUGAACGCCACCAAUUUAUCAAACAGCAGAGCUAUUUGCAUUCUCGAAAGUCAUCAGCGAGCCAAAUGCAUCAACAACAGCAACAGUAUACAUUGGAGGCGAAUUACAUCACCGAAGAUUCACAUCCGGAAACUGCUCCAUCAGUUACAAAGUACUCACUUUUACAGUUCGCAAUGCAACAUUUUAGGAAUGACCACACUAUUGAUCACCGCUCAAAUGACCGCGGGGACCGGCGAGCUUCAUCAAAUCGUACAUAUGCAGAACUUGUUAAAUGGCAGGGUACUCCAGUCAGGGCGCCACUUCUGCGGCUACCAACAGACUUAUCUCCACUUGCUUUGGAGUGUUUCGAUUGUAUUCUCCGAUAUUGCGGCGAUGUGCCUCUGGACCCAGAAUUGACCGAGGUCAAAUGUGUUUACACAGUUCUUAUGCACUGCCAUAAAUACUUGGCGUUGCGUGACGAAGUUUAUUGCCAGCUAAUGAAACAAACAACAGCAAACAGGUCACCCUGUCCGGAUUCUUCACAGAGAGCUUGGCGUCUUCUUAGUAUACUGGCAGCUUACUUUGGUUGUUCAGAUGCCUUACGACCAUAUUUAAUGGAGCACUUAACUUCAGCAGCUUCAGAUCGAAGACGGUCGUGUCAUGGAACGUCAGCGGUAUGUUUAACAAACUUGCGAAAAACUGCUCGUUGUGGUGGACGGAAGAACGUUCCAAGCGUCGAAGAAGUCACGGCUGUAUCCGCUGGGCGAUCAGCUCGACGGCAAAUCUACCGCCUUCCAGGUGGUGCCGAAAGGGUUGUUAACACACGCUGUUCAACAGUAGUUGCAGAUGUUAUUUCAGAGCUAUGUGCUUUGCUUGGCGUUGAUUCGGAGGCAGAACAACAAGAAUUUUCGCUGUAUUGUAUUGUUCAAGGAGACGCCUUCACAAUGCCACUAGCUGCUGACGAAUACAUAUUAGACGUUACUACAGAGUUGCUUAAAUCAGGUCAACCAUUCUACUUGAUCUUUUGUCGAUCCGUAUGGCAUUUUUCAUUGAAACGCGACCCAGUACCGACUCCAUUGUAUAUCGAAGUACUUUUUAAUCAAGUUGCUCCUGAUUAUUUGGAAGGACUUUUGCUGGAAGUCCCUACAAAUGGUGGACCAAACCCAGAAGUGGUACGUGACAUGGCUAGAAUAGCAGCUCUUUUGCAUCGCGCUGCUGAUUUGAACCAUGUUCCUGCGAUGAAAGAGAUUAAAUUCCUACUGCCUAAGCCAGCUCUUGGCAUUCGAGAAAUUCGACCAGCUCAAUGGGUUAGUUUAGUACAAUCUGCAUGGCCGGCAGUGUCAAACUUAAGUCCUGGCCAAGUGAAAGCGCAAUUUUUGAAUGUGUUAUCUGCGUGGCCACUGUUUGGAAGUAGUUUCUUUGCUGUGAAACGUAUUUGGGCCGAGGAAGGACCACAUGUUGAGGACAGCAACCCUAUGUGGCGUGAUCUUAUUUUGGCUCUUAAUAGAUCCGGUGUCCUUUUCCUUGAUCCUAACACACACGAAAUGCUUCAGCAUUGGCCUUUCAUGGAAGUCAUAUCAACAAGAAAGGUUCGUUCUGAAGACGGUGCACUCUUCCUGGAUAUGAAAGUUGGCAACCUGAUGCAACAGCGUGUUAUAAGAGUUCAAACAGAACAAGCACAUGAAAUAUCCAGACUUGUUCGGCAGUACAUUACAAUGGCACAAAUCAGCCAACGAGAAAAGAUUAAUUAAAGGCAGUUUCUUGAAUUCUUAGCUCAAUUUACAUAACACUGCAGUAUAUAAACAUAUAAUUGUAUAAAAUAAUAUAUUUCGUUGAUAGCUUAUAAAGCUUAUAAUGUUACCUGGUCGACGUAAAUGGUCAACGCUUUGAUUCUCUGAUGUAGAAAUGACUUCAAAAUCUUUUUUAAUGUAGUCAUGUCGAAUGACCGUCAAGGAAAAGUUCUGAGCAUGGUACCGAGUCUGUUCCCAACUUCCGAAAUUGUUCUUAUUAUCGUAGAAGAUAGCGCUCACGAUCACGCGUGAGUAUUUCUCCACCCUGACAAAUUUAAUUCCAUAGUCCUUGGGCAGAAACAUGAGCUAUGUCAGCUGAAAAGUUCAUGUUAGAUAAAUAAUUAAAAGAAAAAAAAAAAAAACAAAUCUGAUUGGGGUUAUUGUUUAAUUGAAUCUCGUUUACUUGUGUUUUGCAUUCAAAAAGUGUUUUUAUUUAUCAAAUCAAACUAAAAUAUAAAAUUGUGAUUUACAAUGGUAGGUAUUUAACUUGUUCCGGAAUCUUUUUAAUCUUUGCAGCAGUCUUUCGUAGUUUUGUUUCCUUAGAGAAUUCUCUCCCAACUCUCAAAAAUUUGACAGACUUAUUAAUUUGUGCACUUAGCACAAAAAGUGUGGAACAGACCUGAUGUUUUUGGUAACGUCAGAGAUUCAACGCAUUGACCAAUUUCAUUGACCGUCUAAUUUAUAACUUAAGAAUAGCCCUGUUCCUUUCGGAGGUGGUAAAGUACUACUAGUAGUUUACUAGCGAUUUUCAAUGGAACGCACUUUUAACGAAUUCAAUACAAAUGGUAUCUACUCGGGAAGGAGAGCAUGAGUAGAUGAUAGUACUAGAUUAACCAAAACAUCUACUAGUAGUAAACUACCACCUCCAAUGGAACAGGCUAAUAUCUUCAAUCAAUAUUUUUUCUUCUCUCAGUCGUUAAAAAAAAGAAACAGUUUUGCGCGUGAGAAAAAAAACAAACAUUUUUUUGUUUAGGUAUAAUGGAUCUUGGUUAAUUAAGUUAAAAAUAAUGCCUUUUGUUUUGUUGAAUUUAAACCAAUGCCAUAUUCAAAAUUAAACGCAAUAUUUAUUGAAAAUUCUCACUUUUUUUUCUACCUAAAAAAAAAAUUAAUCAAAAAAUUAAAUAUUGAAUGAAAUGUUAGCAUUUUGAUUUAAAAUACAAUUCUGUACUACUUUUAGAUGAAUAAUUUUGUAUGUGUUUAAACACAUAUACAAACAUAUAAGUAAAUAUAUAUUCAAUGUUUAAUUUAUGUUACCUUUUAUAUUAUGUUAUUGAUUUCAAACAAGAACUUGUUAUUCUUGAAAUACAAUUCAAAUAUUUUAUACAAUAAUUAAAAAUAA